CGGUAUCUUUCCGUUGCGUCUCUCUCGCAUUUAAAGAUCACUCUCUCGUGAAGAGAGAGAAUUCGAUCAAUCGAAAUGGCCUUUAGAGAGGUAGAACCGAUCCCAGAAGAAACGACGUCGAAUUCUCUCAUAACAAACACACGCUGCGGCUUCCUUUUUCCCUGCUUUUCUUCCCGACGAUCUUCCAGCGUCGGAUUAUCCUUCUGGGAGCGAAUCAAAUCAUCACCUUCAUCAAACGGCGAUGACCUUCAUCCUAAUCAAUGGUGGGCCAAGGGGAUGAGAGCGUUUAAGAAGAUAAGAGAGUGGUCAGAAGUUGUUGCGGGUCCGAAGUGGAAAACUUUCAUUCGGAGAUUCAAUAGAAAUAAAAACAGCGGCAGCGGUAACGGAAGGCACCAUGGGAAAUUCCAGUACGAUCCCUUUAGUUAUUCGCUGAAUUUCGAUGAAGGACCAGGAGGACAGAAUGGAAAUCUCGAUGACUUGGAUGAUUAUAAUGGUUUUCGCGAUUUCUCCUCCCGUUACGCCUCCGUUUCUGCUUCUGGUCGGCCGGUUGCUGUGGAUGCGUCGAAGAGUAAAGAUGUGGCGGUUAUGGUUUGAGAAGAGAAGAGAAGGGAAGUGAAGCGUGCGCGCGCCGUGGAUGCUAACAUUCGCUGAGGAGGGUCGCGGAUGGAGUGGAGUGUGUGUUGACUCCGUGACGUAGGCGCGGCCAUGAAACGCGGCCGUUCAAAUGGAUAUAGCAAGACGACGGUGAUAAGACAAGGACAUGCAUGCGUGUUAGGAUUGAAGAGAGAGGGUUUGGUUGGCUUCUUUGCUUUAUAAAUGUAUUUUUUUUUUAUAUAAAAUGGGUUUCUUCUUCCGACAGUAUUCUGGGAUUGCCUCUCUUGCUUGCUGUGUACGUAACCAAAAAAAAUAUUUAUGUUGAUGUUGUGUUAUGCGGAUGAUAAAUGGGUAAUUAAAGAUUUUAUUUUUUUAA